AUGAACAAAUUCUUAGUACUUGCUACCCUAUUAGCUUUAACUGGAUUCACUCAUGCAACGGCCCCAUGCCAUCCUUCUGCUUAGAUAAGUCCAAAGGAUAAUACUAAAUGUGUAUGCCCUCCUGGUACCUGGGGCACUGAUGGAAUAUCACAAUGCAAUCGAUGUCCUGAUAAUAGUUUUUCCCUUAUUUUUGAUAAUACUGGACCUAAUCUCAAUGUUUCAGCUUGCAAUAUGUGUGAUUAAGGUUAUUAUGUCUCAUUUGCAGCUACUGAUAAUGCUCCUGCUACUUGUACUAAAUGUAGUGGAAAUUCAACCCCUAAAGAUCAGACAACAAUUGCUAGCCCUAAUGAAAGUGCCUGUAAUGCUUGCAUGAUUAAUUAUUACUAUGCCUCUCCUCCUUCUAAAAAUUCUUUAGUCCCCACUUGCGUCUAUUGCCCUCAAUAUUCUAAUACAAGGUAUUAAUUGUAGUCUACCCCUGAUUUUUGUACUUGCUAUGACUCUGGUGCAAAUGCCUUAAGUAGUACUGUUACUUCUUGUACAUGCAAAUCUGGUUAAGGAACUCCCGUUCAAACUUUUGGACAACCUUCAACCUGUAUUCCUACUACCACUUCUAAUUCUUCUUCUUCUGCUUCAAAUGCUUCUAAUGGUUCAAAUGCUUCUAAUGGUUCAAAUACUUCUAAUGGUUCAAAUGCUUCUAAUGGUUCAAAUGCUUCUAAUAGUUCAAAUGCUUCUAAUGGUUCAAAUACUUAAACUGCUUCAAAUGUUUUAAUUCUUAGUACUUUUGCUGCUUUAUUAUCAUUCGUUUUCAUUAUUUGA